UCGGUGCUUGAUUAUCCUCUAUUACUAUCCACCUUGUACUAAUAUCUCUUCCCCCACAGCUCUAAUUUAUUCUUCAAUAUCUGUAACAGGACCAUCAUUUAGAUAUCCGAACAGCCAACCAGUGAUCCAGAGUCACCGUCUGUGCCGCCUUAUCGGCACCGACAAGCAACACAGACGACACGAUCUCGAGGAGGAGACAUUUUAUCUCCCCCAGCGAUCGUUCAGUCUGACACACCCAGCGCAUGACCUUGCUCCAUGUCUACUUUGCACUACGCAAGCAGCAAUCCUUCCACCGCCUGCUCAAUGGCGGUCCUGGGCAACCUUCUACCUCCGUCAGCACGAGCAGCGGAAAAUCAUGGAAGCGUGCGGGGGUACUGAGCUCAGGCAUAGCCCUCGAAAUAAAUGCUCUCGAUGCCCUUGGCCGGUCCGUCCUCCAUCUGGCAUGCGCCUCUACCGAGCCAUCAAGCCUGGAGUACAUUCGCAUGCUCCUCGCCCACCCAGCUAUCAACGUGAAUGUACUGGACAAGGAGAGCCACUGGACACCGUUACAUAGAGCGCUCUAUGCGGGAAACGUCUCCGCUGCGAUCCUCCUUUUGAAGCGCCCAGAUAUUGAUACGUCCAUCAAGGACUUCGAAGGAUAUACUGCUCACGACCUCUACAACUCAACCGUGAGAUCUGCAAAACCUUCCGUGGAAGAAGGGACUCUCGCCGAACUGUUUACCUGGGGCACGAACAGAAACGCAGCAUUGGGUCUUGGCGAUGGCAAUGAUAGGGCAUAUCCGGACCAGGUUGUCAUUCCCCGUAAGGACGAUGUAGCACGUCAGCACAACAGGACCCUCGAUGACCGCUUCGCCCCGAUUCAUAUCCGGCAAGUGUCGAUGUCCAAGCUUCAUACAGUCAUACUCACAUCCGAGCCUCGGGAUAACAUUCGUGUGUGCGGCUUUGGCGGUGGAGGACGUCAACAUACACAGUACGGCCUCAUGCCCCUUCCUGACAUCCAGCACACCAUUGAGUCCGUUGCGCUUGGCCAAGACCACACCCUCGCGCUCACUUUGACUGGAGAGGUUCUCACAUGGGGACUCAAUCGCUUUUAUCAGCUCGGAUACGCCAUUGAGGUCUCAUCCACCAAGCAAGACGAGCAUAUCCAGGCUACGCCACGGAAAGUCGGCUCCUUAAGGAGAGAGUUUGUAAAAGGUGUUGCAGCGUGCAAGACCGCUUCUGGUUGUUGGACGGGUACGGAAGUAUGGACGUGGGGCACGAACGGCGGGCAACUUGGGUACGACAAGGCAUUGGUGCCCGUUCAAGUACUCCCUCGUAAAGUCUCCAGUAUAGUAAAGCCUGUUAGUGCAAUAGUGAUGACGGAAACCCUCAUGGCGUGCCUACUUGUCACGGGCGAGGUCAUGUGUGUUUGGUCGGGAGGGGUUUCCAAGAUCAGUUUCCCCACCCAGAGAUUCCCCUCAGAGAUCUCUGUCUACCGACCCCCGCAAGCGAUCAAGGGUCAGAUCAUCACAAAGCUCACGAGCUGUGAUGAUACCAUCGCCGCCCUCUCGUCGAAUGGGGAAGUAUUCACGUUUACUUCACAACCUAUUGGGGAAGGUGAUUCCGCGAAAAGUUCCCCUACUUUCAAGCCCCAACGCAUAUGGGCGCUGAGACGUCAAUUCAGUGCUGUGCAGGAUGUCGACAUUGGGGCCGAUGGAACUAUCAUAGUUUGUACUCAGUCUGGACAUGUUUAUGUCCGCUCUCGGAGUGCCAAAGGAGGCCAGGGCUCCAGUGCCAAAGCAUUCAAAUUCCAGCGCAUACCGUACAUACAGCGUGCUGUUGCUGUCUGCGCAAAUAGCACAGGGGCGUUUGGCGCUCUGCGCGUUGAUUUUAAACCACUGCCCAUUCACGUCACUGCGCGUUCGUUUUCGUUAGACAUUGCUGAGAUCCAGCCAUAUCUAGGUCUUUCAUCUUGUGCUGGGACAUUGCCUGCUAUGCCAAACGCGACAACUCCUCUCUUGGAUGCUGAUGAAGAUGUCGAGGACGCGUCGAUCUUGGAUGAUAUCGGAGAUCUCUCGAAGUUGCUUCACGUUCUGGACCAACGCAAGAAUGAGCCAGAUAUUGCCUUAUCCUAUAACGCGGACAUGGUCGUUGUCACUCCUGGUCCACUGUACCUUCCGGCUCAUCGCCUCAUUCUCGCCGUGAGAUGUCCAGUCUUGGGCGGCAUUUUGCAUAGCGGACGUCCGUUGCAUGAUAAAUCUUCAGGGAUCAAGGUCAAUCUUGUGUCAGAAGACAGGGUCUGCAUUCAAAUCAUUGGAUGUCAUCCGCUCACGGUCCUACUUCUCCUCCGAUACUUGUACUCUGACCAGCUUCUCGCCAUCUGGGAUUUACGCAUCGGAACCCCCUUUGUGACUCAAUUUCAAAUAUAUGCUGUGAAGCCUGUAGCAAUCAAGGCGGAGCUCCAAGCACUUGCACGUAUAUUGGAUCUUCAACUUCUUUCGAAAGCACUUGAAUCGCCAGGAAAGCGCGUGCCCACACCUUCACAAGCAGAAAACUUCCGCCUACUCUACGAAAGUACCCAAUUAACUGGGCCUUUACGAAAGAAUAUAAACGAAGAUUCUCUUGCGCCCGACGUCGCGCUUCACCUCGCCGACCAGGUCAUCGUUUGGAGUCAUUCAGCGGUACUACAAGCCCGCAGUCAAUUUUUCGCCAGCUUCUUUGGAGAUAGCGCGUGGACAUCUAAGCGUCGUGACAAGUCGGGCAUUAUCGACAUUGAUCUCGAGCAUUUGGAGUGGCAGGUCAUACAAUAUGUCGUUCGAUGGAUGUGUUAUGGAGACGAGAACUUGUUCGAAUCUCUCGACUUUGUGCAAGGGGUAGAUGACGUGCUAUCCUUCAUGUUUUCUGUUCUUUCCGCAGCGAACGAACUUUUACUCGAUCGCCUGAUGCUUCUCUGUUCACAAGUCAUUUUGAAGCACCUCGACGUCUACAAUGUGUGCUAUCUUCUCACUGAUGCAACGCACAUCAACGCGACCCAUCUCGUUGAGCGCCUGCAGAGUUACAUCACGGCAAAUUUGGAGAUGAUGCUAGAAGGUCGCAUGCUCGAGGACCUUGAGCUGUCCGUCGUACGACAGCUUUCUGAGUACAUCUGCAGUGCGCAGAUGACAAAGUCCCCGGUCUCUCGUUCUAACUUACUGGCGAACAAAGCGCUGCGGAAGCACGCUGAAUGGCUUGCUCAACAGGAUAUUCCAGUUGUGUUUGCACCCGUAGAAAGGUCGCAGGUUCACAGGGAUUCUUCGAAGUUGUUGCCUUCGAGCCCGAUGAGGACUCACCCGAUUUCUAGUCCGUCUGUGCGUCCGGCGGCAGAUUUGCCCAAGGCUGUUGAUACUGGGCCGUUAGGAGACGAUCUUUUUACGAUGGAUGGGGUACCUUAUUUGGAUAUCGCUCCUGAUCAUCCGGUCCCUACGGUUGCUGAACCGUCUGGGCCAGUACCAGUAUGGAAACGACCCAUCUCCACGCCUAGGACCGAUCUCAAGGCCAUUAUGGCAGAGGCUGAGACCACCAGGAUAUCUGGUGUUGCAAACAGAGCAACCCACGGUGCUAUGGCUAAACCUAGUCAAGAGUCUUUGAAACGGGUGGCUACGCCACCACGCAGGAUCGUGAGCUCGUCGCUAAAGCCAGAUGCGUCACCGACACCGCGUCGAAUGUUGUCUGACCAUGACUUGGGGAAGUCUUCGCUGCCCGAAUCAUCCACUGCCGCAAAGUCGACGCAUGCGAGAACACCUCAGCGGCCGGCUCCUCAAACCGUACCUUCAUCUUCGAAGCCUCAGCCGAACACACCUUCGCUUGGCCCUGUCUUUUCUCCCGUUCGACAGGUGUCUUCGACCUCCAGUUCACCAGGUCCUCGACGUGUCUCGAAUACUGGUGCUGCGUGGACCCUUCCGCCUGUUCAGCCAGUGGUGCAACCGAGCGUUGCAGAAUCAUCCUCACUUCCAUUCACCGAGAUACAGCGAUUACAGCUUUUGCAGGGCAUACCUGCGUCGAAGGACAAACGAUCGCUUGUCGAGAUACAAGAAGAGGAGCGAGACAUUCAAGUAGAGGCAGACUUUAUGAAGUGGUGGGCGGCGGAAGAGGCGCGUACUCAAGCAGAAGCACACAGGGCUUCUGAAACGCAACGUGCUGCUCCUUCUGGGAGUAAGAAUCGAGGAGGGAAGAAGAAAUCUUACGGUGCUCGUUCGAGGCCCGGUGAAGCGCACCCCGCUCAGGGUUCUAGCCGUUCUAGUAAGGGUAAAGGAAGGGGGAAAACAGCGGUGACACCGGCGGCUGACGGUGCAACGCUGCGGGCUGGAAGAUCCAGCCCAGAACAGUCGAAGGAUGCUGCAGUAUGCUAGAUCGGUGGUGGAUGAUUCCAUCCAUUUUCAACGGGCCAAGAGGUGAUGAACCGUGUAGCAAGCUGCCAGUCUGUCGGGCUACUUAUAACAAGAAUAUGGACUAUGACGGUGGUCGAAAGGCAUGCAUGAGCACCAAAGCGAUGCCCAAUACCCUGACGACGCGAUUGAACUUCACAGGGAAGCACUGGCUGUUAUACUCAUCCAUGAUAGCAUCUGAAAGGGGCAGAAAAG